AUGUCCCAGGUCGUGUCUGUGUCCGUUAAGGAGGCCGUCAAGGAGACUCUCGUGGGCUCUGAAGAGCCUGUGCAGCUCUCGGCGCAAGCAAAGGCCCGGUUCAACCGCCAUGCCGUCAAGGAUCCCGAGACGGGCGAACUGUAUCUCGGCAUCGAGCAGUUCAUCGACGCCAUCGCCCCGCCAAACGAGGACUACCACAAGAUUAAGAGGGAACAGUACUCGAUCCUGUUUCGCGUCGCCGACAGGACAAACAAGGGCCGCGUGACGCUGGCCGAUUACGCCUACUUCGAGAAUAUCCUCAACAAGCCUGACGCCGAGUACGAGAUCGCCUUCCGCCUGUUCGACGUCGAGCGCCUCGGGACUGUCAAGUAUGAUGACUUCCGCCGCCUGUACGAGCUCAACAAAGGCCCUGACAGCAUUCCCUUUGACUGGGACUGCGAGUGGGCGAAGCUCUAUAUUGGCAGCAAAGCCAAGCGCCACAGCAUGGACUAUCAGCAAUUUUCGCAGAUGCUGCGCGGUCUGCAAGGUGAGCGCGUCCGCCAGGCCUUCCAACACUUUGAUACAGACGGCGACGGCUACAUCGAGCCUGAGGAGUUUGCGCGUAUCAUCCGUGAGACGGCCCGCCAUAAGCUGUCCGAUCACCUGCUUGAGAAUCUGCACACCUUAUGCAACAUUGCCCAGGGCAGCAAGGUGUCGUAUGCUAAUGUACGCGCCUUCCUCAACCUCAUCAACGAGAUGGACCUCGUCGAGAUGAUUGUGCGCUCUGCCUGCUCCAAGAGCUCCGACGGCAAGAUCACCCGCGCCGAGUUUCUCAACCAGGCCGCUAAGACCACUCGCUUUUCCCUUUUCACACCCAUGGAGGCCGACGUCCUCUUCCACUUUGCCAGCUUGGACAACCCCUCUGGCCGUCUGAGCCUGCGCGACUUCGCCAAAGUGCUGGAUGCCAGCUGGCGCCGCCGCAGCGAUGAGGAGGCGCAUGCUGUUGCGGCCGAGCCCAAGCGGGGUGGUGCGCUCCAGCAGACUCUCGAGUCUGCGUACAGCUUCGCGCUCGGCUCGAUCGCUGGUGCGUUCGGUGCCUUCAUGGUGUACCCCAUCGAUCUGGUCAAGACGCGUAUGCAAAACCAGCGUAGCGUCAACCCCGGCCAGCGCCUGUACAACAACUCGAUCGACUGCUUCCGCAAGGUCAUCCGUAAUGAGGGUUUCCUUGGUCUGUACUCGGGUGUGCUGCCGCAGCUGGUUGGUGUCGCGCCCGAGAAGGCCAUCAAGCUGACCGUCAACGACCUCGUACGCGGUUGGUUCACCGACAAGCAGGGCAAGAUUUGGUGGGGCUGGGAGAUUUUGGCUGGUGGUGCUGCCGGUGGUUGCCAGGUUGUCUUCACCAACCCUCUUGAGAUCGUCAAGAUCCGUCUGCAGGUGCAGGGCGAGGUCGCCAAGAGCGUCGAGGGCGCCCCGAAGCGGUCGGCCAUGUGGAUCGUGCGCAACCUUGGUCUCGUCGGCCUGUAUAAGGGUGCUUCUGCCUGCCUGCUCCGUGAUGUGCCCUUCUCGGCCAUCUACUUCCCGACCUACAACCACCUGAAGAAGGACUUCUUCGGCGAAUCCCCCACCAAGCAGCUCGGCGUGCUCCAGCUCCUCGCCGCCGGUGCCAUCGCCGGCAUGCCCGCCGCCUACUUCACCACGCCUUGCGACGUCAUUAAGACACGUCUGCAGGUUGAGGCCCGCAAGGGUGAGACCAGCUACACCGGCCUGCGCCACGCUGCUAAGACCAUCUGGAAGGAGGAAGGCUUCCGCGCCUUCUUUAAGGGCGGUCCGGCCCGUAUCUUCCGUUCGUCGCCCCAGUUCGGCUUUACUCUCGCCGCCUAUGAACUGCUGCAGAACCUGCUGCCCAACCCGUUCAAGCCGGCCGAGGCGAAGGCCGUCAGCGGUGAUAUCCUCGCACCCAAGGCGGCUGCGGCAGAUAGCCCAUUCUACCGCUCGCGCAAUGCCCUUAAGGUCCUGCUCGACGUCAAUCAGCACUUCGGUUUGGCCAGCUUAGGGCCCAAUUCGCAGGGCUGGAAGGCUCUGCCUGGUUGGAUGGGUGGUGUGACGAAGACUGCUUAA